AUGUCGCCGUUCUUUUCUUAAUAAGAACGCUGCCUAGCCGGAUUCCCGCGUCGGAAGCCCCCACCCCACUGGGGAGCGGGCGGCCCUCCGGGGCGUUAAAUCGGCGAGGUGAAAGGAACACAGUGGAACUUUCGCCGAGGGCGGGUGAGGGCUCGUGCAGGUACUGCCGAAUGCGAGUGGUCAGAGAGGUCGGCAAUCGGCCGUCUGUUUUUGUAUCCCCCAUUUUCCCUUGCUUUUUGGGCCUCGAGGUUUUAGGUCGUCGACCUACCGAGCUCAGAGAGAGAGAGAGACGGAGAGAUUUGUUCCGGCGGGACGCCAGAGAGCUCGUUCUCUCUCUUCUGGCGGGUUGACGUUCUCUGUGCACAUGUUCUCAGGAUUUGUGUUUGCCUCCUCCCUGAAUUUUUGUCCGUGUAGCACAAUUUUGUUGAGGCAAAGAACGUGAAGCUGGUGGCAUUUAUGUGAUUCGCGGUUGCUCCUGCGUUAAGCCUAUGGCUGGCGUUCAAGCUGUGCAGCCACUUCUUUCCCACAUCCUUCUUCAGUUUCUUGUGGGUUGAGUUCCUGUUUCUGGCUCCCCCGAACCAGAUAUGGCAAAAUUUCGCCUACCAAGAUGCCGCCUUUGGAGUUUAAUGAGCAUGUUUCAGAUUGUUCUUGGAAGUCUAGUCGUAAUUGUAAGUCUGGCUAGUCUGCUUAGAUUUUACCGUUCUGGAUUGUUCUGGAGUGAUGAUGAACUUUGCCACAAAUUCUGCGGUGGAAAAGACUCAUAUUCAGGUUUCGAUUUGAAAGCACUGUCAGAUCGUAUUGAGGAUGUUCUCGAGAAGUUGGCUGGUGUGCAGUCGAAGCUUGAAAGCAGUGUGCAGCAGAUGGGGAAGAGGGAUAUGUCAUCUCCCGAGUUGAAGAAGUUAUUGGAAGAUGAAUUACUCCCACCUGUCUACAGUGCUCAUGUAUCUCUUAGGCAAAUCAGGAUCCCGGUGCGCAGUGAGCAAUCUGAGUUGAUAGAAGACCCUCUAAUAAAUUUCUUUGCUACUGAGGAGAUAAGAAAGUACAUUACGUCCAAGGAAACUCGGUCUGGGAAGACGAAUGUCUAUGGAAUUAAGAGGGUUUAUAACACUAUUGGUCAUGCAUGUGUCUUGAUGAGGAAAGAUUUAGAAGAGUACAUGAAUUAUGACAUAGGAAACUACUGUAGAGAAGAUUGGAACCUAGGCCAGAGGCUCAUGAUCAAGGGGUGUGAUCCAUUGCCUCGAAGGAGAUGCUUGACAAGGGCUCCCAAAUUGUAUCUCAGGCCAUCACCAAUAAAUGCGUCUCUGUGGCAGCUCCCAGAUGAUAAAAACGUCAGGUGGAGUUUUUACCAGUGCAAGAACUUCAGUUGCCUUGCAGGAAAGGACCCUAAAGGGAUGCCUAAGUGUGCUGGCUGUUUUAAUUUGGAGAAGGAAAAGGUGAAGUGGGUGCACAACACCUCUCUGGCUGUAGAUUUUCUGAUAACGGACAUACUGAACACUAAGCCUGGGGAAAUAAGAAUCGGGCUCGAUAUCGGUGUGGGUACCGGAAGUUUUGCAGCAAGGAUGAAGGAGCACAAUGUCACUAUCGUCACCACUGCUUUGAAUCUUGGGGCUCCAUUCAAUGAGAUGAUCGCACUUAGGGGCCUCAUUCCUCUGUAUGUAACUGUGAAUCAGAGGUUGCCUUUCUUCGACAACACAAUGGAUCUGAUUCAUACCAGUGGUUUCCUCGAUGGUUGGAUCGAUCUGCAGCUUAUGGAUUUCGUGCUGUUUGACUGGGAUCGGAUUCUUAGGCCAGGAGGGUUAUUGUGGAUAGAUAGGUUCUUCUGCAGUAGGAAAGAUCUUGAUGAUUACAUGUACAUGUUUCUGCAAUUCAGGUACAAGAAGCACAAGUGGGUUGUGUCAACUAAGUCCAAGGUAGAGGUUUAUCUUUCUGCAUUGCUAGAAAAGCCUUCUAGAACAGUGUGAUCGAUUUCUUUACCCUCUCUUUUUCUUUUUUCUGGUUGCCUUUACUUUGCCUGUUCCCUGCUUCAAUGCUUGAUGGGAACUCCUGUGACACUGACCCGCAACAUGCAGAGAAAAUUGUCAUGUUGUAAUCCUGCUAGAAAGUGAUGGGAACUCCACUCUUGUUGGCAGAAAUGUGUUCGUGUAAUGUAUUGCGCUUUGUCAAUUUCAACUUACAAUAAGUAUGGAUGUCCAUUUCUAAUA